AUGUAUAUCAACUGGAUUCACCAGUAUCUACCUGGUCUAUUCGGGAUCCUUGCUUUCAUUGUGAACCCAAUUUUCGUCUACCUCAUUUUCACAGAGAAGAUCGCCAAUUUCGGAAACUAUCGGUUCAUACUAUUGAUUUUUGCGAUAUUCAACUUGUUCUAUUCGACUACAAUGUUCUUGGUGCCAGUUCACGUCUACAACUAUCGCUACUCGUUCUCCAUUUUCACCAGCGGUGGCUUUUUCCAGAAGUCCUCUGACCUGAAUCUCAUUGUUCUUUGUGCACGAUGCUCUUUGGUGUCUGGGAGCUACGCGAUAUUGCUCAGCCACUUCUUUUAUAGAUAUCUGGUGAUAAAAAUUAGUUGCUUUAUCAACAAAAAGUUUCAUUUAUACCUACUGGCUACGCUGUUCGUGUUUCUUAUUUAUAUUGCGGUUUGGUUCAGUGUGGGGUUGUGUGUGACAUAUGAAGGUAGAAACGAGUACAUCCGUGAAAAUUUUCGCAUGACAUUCGGAGUGGACCCAGAGGACUUUAAUAUUGUCACUGCUAUCUAUAAUGAAGCGCCAAGGAGACCGGUAAUUUUGUCAUUUUGUGGAAUUUUUUUCUUGACAUUUUUAUCGAUGAUAACAUGCACAAUGUUUGCAACUUUGGGCUACUUGACAAUGCGAAAAAUCAAUAAUAUGGCGAAAAUCAUGAGUCAAAAAACUGCUCGGAUUCAAAGAGAACUUCUGAAAGCACUGACUGUUCAGACUGUAAUUCCGCUGUGCGUCAGCUUCUCUCCAUGUCUUCUGGGAUGGUAUAGUCCGAUGUUUAAUAUAGACUUGGGGAAAGUGAUAAACCUCAUCGAAGUGGUCACCUUAUCAGCGUUCCCAUUUUUGGACCCCAUCGCUAUUGUUUUGUGUGUUCCAGUUUUUCGGAAACGGUUAUUCCCGUCAAAGAAAGUUGUAGAAAUUCAGUCGACUGCACUUAAUACAACCAUUCAUUCAUAA